ACAAACAAGCUUGCAGUGGCCAGUGACUGCAUCGUGCGUAUUGUUAAAAAUUUCGUAUGCAAUAUGGCUGUGUAAAACGUCAAAUCUUAUAACCCAUUUUAUAUCAAUUUUUUUUAUUAAAAAUACGAAUUGUUUCUUUUUUAUUAUUACCAACGUUUUGUGUUAUCGUAUAUAAGUGUUAGUGUUAGUUGUCAUAUUUUUCAAAGUUGUUAAUUUUUACCGCAAUUUUGUAUAUUUUAUAUACAUAAUUUGUGCCCAACCCAAUUUGGCACUGGCUGCCAACCGUAUAUAUACAUUUUUUGAUUUUUUAUCCAUCCUGAUCGCGUCCCGUGCGCUUCGUGUAUAUUUGUGAUGACUAUUUUCCGAUCGGUUCGUCCAUCGACGAAUCACGACUGAUACGAUAUGUUGUCCAGAUUAAUAUCGUCAACUACCGGAAUACCGAGGUUCGGCGUUAACGUAGCACCGCAUAAACGAUCACAGUGAGCAUGAACAAUCGAGGCCAAAACCAGAGCCAUCCAAGAAAAUUCGAAGGGAUGUAUCCAAAUCCUAAUCAUCAGUUUCCCCAGGCUGUCCAAGUCCAAAAUCCGGGGUAUAUAAUUAGUGGUCCACGUAAUUCAAGACAUUAUGUAAAUCCAGGUACACACAACGUUAGUGAUAUGAAAAAUAAUCAUAUGACAAAUAUGACCCAUGGUCAAAUCCAAAUGGUACCUGCGCAUAUCACUCAAAGACAGCAAGCUCUAUCCCACCAUAUAAGACCAAAUGCACCACGUAAUUUACCAAGAGGACCCUUCCAGUAUCAGGUAUAUGUGCCCGGGAAUGUGGCUUAUCAAGGAUCCAGUAACCACCCUGCCACAGCAUAUUAUCCAUUUAAUCCACAACAGGCUUCACAAGCAGCCGUACUAAUGCCAUAUGUAAACUAUCCUACCAAUCAACAAGUUUCUCUUAUUUUAUUUGAUAUUUCAGGUAUGUUUUAUACCCCACCUACUAGGCCACUGCAGAUGACUAAUCUACCACAGGGACCACAGAAUCCUCCUGUAGCUAAUAUGAGUAAUGCUCAAAAUUCCCAUGGACAAUCUCUGAUUGUACAGUCUCAACCAAUGGAGAUGGCCCCUAAUACACAACCUAUGCAACAAGUACCACAGCAACCUUCAACUACUCCCAUGCAAAUCCCUGAAGCUUCUCGACCUGUUCGAAAAAAAACUAUUAUUAAAAUAAUUGAUCCUAGUACAGGCCGUGAAGUUGACUUAAAUAAUUCAUUACAAGGGCCACCAACUGCUGAUGAAUUGGAAAAAAUGAAAGUUCAAAGCCAAUUCCAAAGUCAAGUACAAAGUGCUGUCAAAAAAGAUGAUAUUAAAUCAUCUGAUAAUAAUCCGAAUAAUGAAGGAGAAGAUAAAGUUAGAAAUGAAUUCCAAUCUCAAGUCAAAAAAUUAGCAAGUGAAAGUGUUUCAGAACCCUCAAAAGCCAUAGAAAUUGACACUCAGGUUUCUGAAGAAGUUAUUAGUGAAGUUGAAGAAAUAAGUGUUGUUUCCACUAACAUAAAAGAAGAGUCUAUUAUAACUGAAUCGACUUCUAUUGACGCUGGUUUGACUGUUAAUGCAGAGGAAAACUCUUUAGAUGUUAAAGAGUGUGAAGUAGAAACACCAAUAAAUACUGAACCCAGUUCUACUACUUCUCCUGAAGUACAGAUCCAAAAUGCUGAUGUAAUCAAUAUUUCAGAGGAUCCUAUUAUUUCAAAAAAGAAUUUAGAUGAGGAAUCUAUUAAAUCAGCACAACCUAAAAAAUCUAAAAUCAAAAAGAAGAAUAAUCAGCAAAAGAAUUUGGUUAAAUCAGAUGCCAAUGAUGGAAUAAAUGUAAAUUCAAUUGAAUCUGCAGCUAUUGAGCCUAUUAUUGAACCAAAAACUGAUAUUAUAAAACAACAAGAAAACAAGAAAAAUGAAAAUAAUAAUCACUACUCUAAAAAUGAAGAAGAGAGUGUUAUUUCAAAACCGAAGGAGUUACAACAACAACCAGAAGAAAUCCAAAACAACGGAGUUAAACAUGAACCUGUUGAAAAUGCAACUCCUAAAUUACCUAGUUAUUUAGAACAAUUACCCUAUACCGAAGAACAAUGGAGUAUUACAAAUCCAACUGGAAAGAAAGUGUAUUCAAAAGUAUUUUUAUUACAACUUGGAAGUGAAACUAUUUGUCAAAAACAACCUGAUGUAUUAAAUAACUGGAGUAAUCUAAUAAAGUUAUCUGGAGCCCCACAAUUAAAGUCAUUAGGUCAGUCAGGUGCCAAACGGAGUAGUAGUCAAAGAAAAACAGCUAGUAAAACAGCAAAACCUAAUACUAUUCAUUUGUCUCUCUCUUUGCAAGAAGAAGUUAUAUUAAAUCAGACUGAAAAUGCUUGGGUUCCAACAGCUGCUAAAAAAGCCACCAAGUCCGAAGUAUCUAAAACCAAGAAUGAAGAGGAACAAAAGAAUGAUGAAGUAAACAAAAACGUUCGAUCAAUUUUGAACAAAAUAACUCCUGAUAACAUGCCUUCAUUAACUGAGCGUUUUAAGGCAUUACCUAUCGACACUAUUCAAAGACUGGAAAGAACUAUUGAUUUAGUUUUUGAAAAGGCAAUAGAAGAACAAAGUUUUGCACCUCUUUAUGCAUCUUUAUGUUCAGCUAUGCAAUCUGUGCAAGUUAAUUCUAAAGAUGGCAAGACAGCAUCGUUUAAAAAGUUGAUUAUAAGUAAAUGCCAAAGUCUAUUUGAAUUGGACAAAGCCCAAGAAAUGGAUUCUGCUAAGAAGCUCACUGAAAUCACUUCGUGCAAAGAUCCAGAAAAGAAAAAAGAACUGCAAUUAGAAUUUGAAGAAAAUGAAAGAAGAUUACGCAAGCGCUCUGUAGGAAAUUGCCGAUUUAUUGGUGAAUUGUUUAAACAAAAAAUUCUUACUCCAAAUAUUAUGUUGUAUUGCAUUGUGAAUUUAGUCACUAAACAUGUUGAAGAACCACUUGAAUGUUUAUGCAAUUUAUUAAAGACUGUCGGAAAAGAAUUGGAACAAUCAUACAAUUUAAAUGAUACCUUUGAUAAAUUAAAAACUUUAACAUCGAGAGACAUGAAAUCAAAAAUUCCAUCUAGAAUAAAGUUCAUGAUACAGGAUGUCAUUGAUUUACGUAGGAAUAAAUGGAUACCAAGGCAUACUGAUAGUAAACCAAAAUUCAUAAAUGAAAUAGAGAAUGAUGUCAAAAAUGAAGCAAUAGAACAACAAUCUAUAUCAUUAGGUUAUAAUAGACCUGAAAAAAGAGAUCAUCAUCGCGGAGAUGACAAAUUCAGGGGUGGAGAAAAUAAAAGUCGCCGUGGAAAUGAAAAUGAGUGGAAUGUUGUUCAAACUAAUACUAAGUUUAAGCAACAAAAUUAUACUAUUGACCAAAAUAAAUUAUUAAGUCUUAAGGAUAAUACAUCUAUGACUACCUUAGGCCCACCUAAAUGGUCAUUUUCCACUGGUAAAAAUAUGACAUUUACAAGCAGUAACCCAUAUGCUGUUCUAAAUGAUGACAAGAAAUCAUCAACUUCUUCACAAAUUAUGUCUAAUAAAAACACAUCACGAAAGCCAGUUAUAUCGGAGUCUGAAGAAAGACAAAGAAUGAUGUCUGGUGUAGCGAGUAUGAUGAUGCCUCAGUUUGCUCAACCCUCUCCUUCAAUAAAUUCUUCAAGCUCACAGCCCAAAGAACCUGCUGAAGAACCAACGUCAGAAUUGGACAACUCAAUUUCUGAUAAAAUCAAUAUGAAAUGUAAAAAUAUCCUUCUUGAAUAUGAGCAAUUGCAAAAUUUAGAUGAUAUAAUUUAUUCAUUAUCAGAAGAUCAAUCUUCAGUAAUCCGCACAAGACAUGAAGAAUUCGUUAAAUCAAUGUCACUUAUAACCUUAGAUAAUAGUCCAAUCACUCGAACAACUGUAGCGGGAAAGAUUUUUGCAGAACUUUUAUCUAAAAAAAUUCUUUCUAUGGAGGCCAUUACUCAAGGAAUUGAUGCUGUCCUUAAAGAUUGGAAUGAUUAUUUAAUGGAUUACCCACAAUUUUUCUCCUAUAUUGCUGCCAUUAUUGCUCCAUUAUUGUUAUCACAAAAUGCUUCCUUUGAUUUCAAUAAUUUAAAAGAUUCUUGUACGUCAAUACGGCCAGAUAAUUCUAGUAAAUUUUUCAUAGAAGUAUUAAAUAAAAUUCUUAGUUCCAAGGAAACACAAAACAUAAAAGAACAACUAGGUGGUAUAUUGUGGAUUUAUAAUAAAUGGAGGACGUCAGAAUAUGUUCCUCUUGACGUAUUUAUGCCUAAUAGCCAAAUCAAUAAAUUUUUUAAAAAUGAUCGAAUUGGAGUAUUCCUUUUAUCUAUUGCUAUGUAUGAUAAAAUGAAGUUGACUGAUAGUAAACUACUGUAUGAUAUAUUACAUAGUUGGAUAAGUGUUAAUAUCAGUGCAGAAAUAAUAAAAUGCCCUCAGUUUGUACGGGCACUAACUAUAGCUAUUGUUAUAGUAUGUUCAAAACCGAAUCAUUCUUACGAAGAUUUCUUUGACCAUGUUCAUGUGAAAUUAUUGACUUGUUAUAUUCGGUCUGAACCACUUCCAGAACCUGAAAUCCAGGCACGUGAAGUUCAAUGUUUGUAUGGCAUUCAAAUAAUGUCUGCAGCACUUGAACAUCCUGGAGGAAUGGUAUUAAAACUGUUCCAUAAGCUCUAUCAGGAUAGUGUUAUAAGUAAAGAAUCAUUUGAACUAUGGAAAAAAGAAGAUGAAUUCAAAUCAGGAUUUGAUGAAGACUUAGAAACAAAAACUAUGGCUGUUGUAGUUUUAAAUUCAUUCUUCCUUUCACUAGCUGCAAAUGAUUCUGAUGAGGAUGAAACAGUUGAGUAGUGUACCAACACUGUUAUAACUGCAUAUUCAUCAAUCGACACAAAUUCUUCUAUUUUUUUUAUUUUAUUGUAGAUACCAUGUUAUAAAAAAUUUAUAUAAAUAAGAAAAAAAUUCUAAAUA